AACUUACACAUGAAUGAAUCACCCAGAGGGCUCCGCGGGGGGCCCGCCUCUGCCUCUGGGUCUCCCCUGGCACCUGAGCCACAGCACUUGGGCUGUGCACAUUCCUGAGCACCAGGCCUGUUGGUUCCAUCAGUGGAGUGGGAGGGAUGCAGACAAGGCCAGGAGCUCGCACGCUGAAUGGCCGCUGCCGUGUGGUGCAGGAAGUUUUAUCUUACCUGCCCCGAGCCUGACUUCCCAUCAGCACAGUCCAGCUUCCGCCCAGGGUUCUAUGCAGCCUGUCUACUUGUGAACUUGGAUACACUGCUAGCCCUGUGCCGGGGGCGUGUCUGUGGCCAGCUUUACCCGUGGGCUCAUCACUCUGCCUCGGAACCCUCAGAGCCAUCCCCGUGGGCAGGCAGAGCCCUGGUCUUUCAGUGCUCAUUGAGUGUAUCUAAUACUGGGAAAUGCUCCCAGAGGGUGUCUCAGCCCCCAAGGAACUCGUGAGCUCAGGGAAAGCCAGUAAGACUUGAGAACAAGACAGUGGAGACGUGGAUCAGUGCUGAAUUCUGGUUUAGAUGGUAGGAGACACCAAAGGGAGGGAGUUUCUCCUGAGUAGCUGCCCAUGAAGGCGGGAUUGGUGCUCUGACUUGGAAGAAGAGUAGGGGCUUCCCGCCGCGGGAGAAGUCCCAGAGCUGCGCUGGGCAGAGGGAACACCAGCACGUGGUGAGGGGCUGCCAUUGAGACAGGUCCUCUGCUCCACCAUGAGGGGCCUGGAGCCAAAUGGCCUAAGACAGUCUGUCCUAAGCAUACAGGACCUUGCUUGCGGGAGGAUGGCGUCUGCGGAGCGAGCUGCUGGGAUCAUGGGAGCGAGGACGACUCCCACCGCCACGGCCAAGGGGGCCCGCGCACUGAGACUAAGAUCCAGUCUGUUAGGGCCUUCGGAGCCCUGUAGCUGAGGUGCUAAGGGACAGGCCUUCAGCACCCAGAUUUAUCACUGGAAGCACACUUAAGGCCACAAAAUACACAUUUCUAAAAUUAUGAGGCCUACUUAGUGCUGUGGUGGGUUAAGCCACUGCCUACAAUGCUGGCAUCCCAUGUGAGUACCUGUUUGAGCCCUGGCUGUUCUACUCCCAAAUACAGUGCUCCGCUAACGCAGCUGGGAAAGGAGCAGAAGAUGGCCCAAGCAUUUGGGCCCCUGCCACCCGUGUAGGAGACCGACGGGUUGCAGGCUCCUGGCCUGGCCCCAGCUGUUGCAGCCGUUUGGGGCAUAAACCAGUGAAUGCAAGAUCAGUGUCUCUACAACUCUCUUUUUAAAAAGAUUUAUUUUUAUUUGAAAGGCAUAGUUACAGAGAGAGGGAAAGACAGCUUCCAUCCACUGGUCCACUCCCCAACUGGCUGCAACAGUGUGGGGCUGGGCCGGGCCGAAGCCAGGAGCUUCUUCCACAUGGGUGUAGGGGCCCAAGCACCUGGGCCAUCCUCUGCUGCUUUCCCAGGUACAUUAGCAGGGAGCUGGAUCUGAAGUGGAACAGCCGGGAUUUGAACCGGCACUCAUGUGGGAUGCUGGCAUGGCAGGUGGCAGUCUUAGCCACUAUGGCACACCACCAGUCCCAACUCUGCCUUUCAAAUAAAUAAAUCUUUAAAUAAGAUGAGCACUCCCUUAUUUUGGAUUCAGAAUCGCCCUCAGGACCUUUUUAAUUUAUUUGAAGGACAGAGUGAUAGAUUUUCCAUCUGCGUAUUCACUCCUCAGAUGCCUGCAACAGCCAGAGCUAGCCCAGACUGAAGCCUGUGUGUGCGCUCCAUCAGGGCCUCCCACGUGGGUGUCAGGGCCCCAGCUACCUGGGCCUCGUCUGCUGCCUUCCCAGGUGCAUUGGCAGGAGACGGGCUUAUCAGCUGGCACUCCGAUAAGAAUGUGGGCUGUGGGUGUCCCAGGCUUAGCCUGUUGUGCCACAACACCUGCCCUCCUCCUGGCCUUCAAACACCUUAGCAUGUCCCUUGUAACCGGAUGUUCAGAACUGGAGGGGGAGGUAAGCGCAGUGAAGUGGGAUCUCCUGCUUUCACACACUGGCAGGGGACGCUUGUCUGUGCAUCCACUCUUCCUGUUCUUUAAUCACAGCAUUCAAAACAAAAAACCUGAAAUGUUUGUUCACACAUAGGUACUAAGUGAGACAGUGAACAUUUUUCUUCCCUAUGCAGCCCUCUUCCACAAGGACCCCACACAGAAGUGAACAUCCAUUCUUUGUGUGCUUCUAGCUUCCUAGCCACUCUGCCCCACCUGCCGUCAGCCCAAGCCUCCCUCCAUGCCACAAGCACUGAUUCCACUUUCUGCUUUUCAUGCCCUUUCACUUCCCCCCACCCUCCCCAGUGAAAUCGCAGCCAGCCAGCACCCACUUACUCCAUGAAGCCGCCUCUGGCUGUGGCAGCCCUCCAGCUGUAGUCUCCCCUAAUUUCUUAAUGCGAACCACUCUUGUGGUUCUUCAGUGCUGCUGCAGGGCUCCUUGGGGGCGGGAGCCUGGGGUCCUGAACCCUCCUCUCCCCGGCUCUGAGCCAUGCUGAGCCCAGAGUGAUUCUCUGGAGUUGUGUGAACUUUGUGUACAUUCACCGGGAGGUGGCUGAGUCGGGGAAGAGGGUCCGGUGCAGGGUUUCUUAACUCAUAGAUAGGAAAUUACCCAGGGGAGGGGGGAGAAGAGAGAGCAAUUAGCCUCUUUCAAGAUUAACCCUGAGCACAUUCUGGAUGGAGUUGAGCCAAGCCCCUCCCCUCCCACCCCAGGUGCUGGCGUCCAGCCCCACCUGGCAGGGCAGCUGACUUCGUAAAAGUGGCUCCUAGGUGUGAGUGGAGCUGGUCUUAGGAGCAGGAGGAUGAGCGCGGAGCGUGGGCAGCAGCAGCAGCAGGCCAGCAGCCGCAGGGGCCGCAGCUCUGGGAACAAGAAGUCCAGAAAGCGUAGCAAGCGCAAGGAAACCUACUCAAUGUAUAUCUACAAGGUGCUGAAGCAGGUGCACCCUGACAUCGGCAUCUCCGCCAGGGCCAUGAGCAUCAUGAACUCGUUUGUGAACGAUGUCUUUGAGCGACUGGCUGGCGAGGCUGCCCAGCUGGCCCAGUACUCGGGCCGCAGCACACUGACCUCCCGGGAAGUCCAGACGGCCGUGCGUCUGCUGCUGCCUGGGGAGCUGGCCAAGCACGCUGUGUCUGAGGGCACCAAGGCCGUCACCAAGUACACCAGCUCCAAGUGACCUGGGGCCUGACCCGAAUAAAGGAUGAGCUAUUCCUGUGCACUGUGCUGAUUGCAAAGAGGGCUAGGUGAAGGAGGCCACGGCCUGUGGCAACGGGACUCUCACCUUUUGAGACUAACCAGUGAACAGCACGCGCUUCCUGUUCUGUAAAAACCACAUCCGCGAGCAACAUGUGACGGUAACUGUGAAUGUAAAUUGGUCUAAUUGGUAGGGAGCUGAAGUAGGGCUUGGCAUGAGGACCAGAGCCCGGGUUUACUGCUGGCGUCUCCCUCUCUGGGUGGCCAUUGCUAUGCCUUUGUGAUGCCCAUUUCCCGCCAGCUGCUGUUCCACUCUGGAUGACAGGCGCUGCGCUGGGCGAAGGGGCUACACAGAUCCGCUCUCUAAGAUGCAGACCGGCCCCUAGAGAACCUGCGGAGAUCAGGAUUGUCCAUUUCCCCCUGACGUCUUCUUUCCC